CGGCGCAUUUUGCUGCUGCACCGGGUUCUGCCCCCAGACCUCAAAGCCCUUGGUGACCAGUACGUGAAGGACGAAUUUAGGAGACAUAAGACCGUUGGUUCUGACGAGGCCGAGCGAUUCUUGCAGGAAUGGGAGGCAAAGUUGGGUAUGGAUACCACUGGAGAAGAGAAGGGAAGGGUCAGGAAUAUGAGAGGACUCAGUAUUGGGAGGAGAGUUCCCUAUUCCCUUUCAUCUAUUCCCUUCUGAUCACAGAAAACUGGCAAAUGUUAGAGCAAAUUCAUCGGGGGAAAUUUCUGUUCAAGGACCUUUGGGGGAAGGCAUAUGCAGCGGUGCUAUGGCAACAAGCUAAUGAAAACAGAUGCAAUUCAACUGAAAAAGCAUGUUUUGGAAUCUCCUUACCAGAAGAAAGACUUAAUGACUUUCGUGAUGAACAGAUUGGACAGUUGCAGGAGCUGAUGCAAGAAGCCACUAAACCCAAUAGGCAGUUUAGUAUUACUGAGUCCAGGAAACCAAAAUUUUAGUCUAUACAAUAAAGUUUAACAAAGCAUUUCAAA